CUUGAAAAACACAUCGCUCAUAUCCGGUACUCAAUUCAAAACGCAAUUCCGAUCAAUACGUGUGUACUUCGAAAUGUUACUACCGCUGUAUAUUGUUGUCGCUUUGGUGAAUAUCUUCGCUAAGAAUAACAAUUAUUACAUAAAAACUCCGAGAAAUCCAGAUUUUGAUAUAAGGGUUAAAAGAGAAGCUCCCGAUAUCGAUUUUAAUGGCCUUACUGAAUUGAAGAAAGAAGACAACGAAAAAUCAGUUAUAUUAGAUGAACUGAAUGAAUUACUCAAGAUAUAUAUUGGUUAUGAUGAAAAUAAUACAAAUUCAAAGAAGACAAGAAAAGUAUACAGUCCCAUAAAUAUCGUUAGUGAUGUAGAUACAGGUGUUGGAGUUAAAGAAUUGAAUAAUAACGCUAAAGUGUGGAAGGAAAUAACAUUUAAAAUUGAUGAACUAAAGGGACUAAUAAAGCACAACAACUACGAUGCAGACAGCGUCAUACAUAUGGAAGGGGAUCUAAAUAGCGAUAGAAUAGAAUUGGAGAGUAAGGAAAAAGUAUGGAGGGAAAUAGCAUCCAAAAAUAUUGAAAAUUUAUGGAACAAUAUAACAGCAGAAAUGAGUAAACUAGCAGAAUUAGCAGUGCAAUAUAAAGAAACAGAAAAACCCCAUGAUAUUGUUUUUGAUAAAAAAGUUAAAAGGGAAGCAGAUAGCGUCAAAACUGUCGAUAGUGAAGAAAGUAUAAGUGCUGAAGUUAAAGAAUUAAAGAAUAAUGCAAAAGCAUGGAAGGAAAUAGCAUCUGUAGUAGAUGAAAUUAAAGACUUAAUCACGGAAUAUAACAAUUACAGUGGAAAUACUCCAAAUGUCAAUAUAAGAGUGAGGAGAGUAGCAGACAGCACCAAAAUUAUAGAUAGUGAUGUAAAUACAAGUGUUGGAAUCACGGAGCCAAAGAAUAACGCAAAAGUGUUAACUGAAAUAGAGUCGGUAUUAAAUGAAAUACAAGAACUUAUCUCGGAAUAUAGAAACAGCAUAAGUGACAUAAAAGAACCGAAAAUACCAGGUCCACGAGUAAAGAGAGAAGUGAAUGCUCCACUUCAAUUAAAUUAUUACGGUGCAGGACUUUUGGGCACAAUGGUGGGAAAUGCACUAGGUUAUAAUAAAAUCACUAUAGGAGGUAUAGAUACAAAACUGAGAGAUAGAAAGAUAUUAAACAUACCCAUGAAAAACAUAGGAAAGUCCCCCGAUGGAACAUAUCUAGAGAAGAUGCUUCCGUAUGAAAAGCCUGUAGAAAGACGAGCUUCCAAAGAUAAAAAGGUCAAUAAAAUACUUCCAAAGGAACAAGAAGUGGGCUCAAAAGAAAUUGGGAUAGAAGACGUAACUUUGAAAGAAAAACUCGAAGACGGAUUACUUAACAAAAAUGAAUUGGGAAGUAUUUCUCAACAAAAUGUUGCAGCAGAAGAAAUACUUUCGAAGGAAGUAUAUCCAACAGACACACGCCUACAAGAUAAAUUAGUACUCCUAAAUGGAAAUGAAAUUAAGAAGAUUCCGGAAGAUAAAGAUACAAAUCCUCCUGAGGAUUUAAUUGUAAAAUUUGUUACCAAAAGCAACAAUGACGAGGGAGAAGUAAAACCAAAUAUAGAUUUCGUGAAACUUAAACAGGAUACAAACGACCUUAAAAAUUACGAUGGAAUCCAAACAUACAAAAUUCUAAAAGCAUUCGAUGAUAUAGAAGAUUUACUAGAAAUUUAUGUUCAAGAAAGUAGCGUCGAAGAAGAAAAAAUAAUGGAUGACAAAGGUGUUAUAAAACAUACGGAAUCUGGUCAAGUAUACGAAUUAGUAGCAGAUUACACAGAUGAACAUGAGCUAAAAGAUGAUGCAAAAUCUAUAACACCAAGAAUAAAGAAUGUUAGCUAUAGAGAAUAUAGAACAAAAGAAAAACAAGAGAAACCAUUGCUCAAAGCAACGGUUAGAAAUAUGAAACAGAACAAAAGUGAAACUAAUAACAGAUUGAAGGUAACAAAUUCUAAUAGUAACUUAAUAAACCACCUAAAACAAAUCACAAAUGUCAAAGAAAACGUUGAACUACCAAAAAGGAAUUUGUUAAAGAUUUUAGAAGAACCAAUGGUUUUAAAUAAAUAUCGAGUUAAAAGAGACGCAUCUCCAGAGAACAGAGUCAGCAAUUUUUUCAGUAAUAUUUACACGAAAGUAUACGAUAUAACGCAUCCAAAAAAAGAUGAAGAUGUCAACAAUAAUCUGUUACUUCGUGAUGACAAUUAUAAUUCUUAUGGCAGUCUGCAUCAACAGAAUACUAUCAAUAAUAACCAAAAUGGUGGUUAUAAUCAAUAUGAAAAUAACCGCAUAAACGAUAAUAGUUUAACGCACAGUGAUUAUACGUCUUAUAACAAUAACAAUGGUUAUAAUAACCCUGUUUAUAAUUCGCCUACAAACACAUAUGGUUACAACACGUAUGGUUACGGUUAUGGUUAUAAUACACCCACAAAUGGUUUUAACACAAACGCACCCACUUAUAACUAUAAUUACGCAAAUGGUUACUAUUAUAACCAACCGAUAAAUGGAUCUGUUUAUUCUUCUAAUGGUUAUCCGUAUAAUGGUUAUAAUAUACCGUUAAAUAGAAAUAACUCGAAUAAUAAUUACAACUAUGGAAAUGGUUAUGGUUACAACACAUCGGCAAAUAAUGGUUAUAGUUAUAAUUCAAAGCAAGACAACGGUUAUGGUUAUAACACGACGCAAGAUAACGGUUAUGGAUAUAACGCAACGCAAGAUAACGGUUAUGGAUAUAACGCAACGCAAGAUAACGGUUAUGGAUAUAACGCAACGGUCGUUAACGAUUUGAAUAAUAAUGAUACUAGUACAGAAGGGACUAUAGUUCAAGGGUGUAUAUUUUGUGGUAAUUUUGGAUGUCAAAGAAAUUACAGAUGGAUGGGCGUUGCUUGUGUACCAAUAAAAGGAUAACUAAUGUUAAUUAAUGGCGUCUUUGCGUCACUAGUUCCAAACAAACGUAAUUUGGUUCUCAUUCGAAUACUAAACAAUUACGAUGUAAUUUUAUAGUUAUGUUCUAGAAAUCUUAUGUCUGUGGUUUGCCAGAUUUCCGUAAAAAUAACUAUGGUACGCGACUGGUCGAUACGGCAAUCGUGGUACUCGCUCUAACCCGGUGCGGGUUAGAGCGAGUACCACCAUAUCCCGAUUGCCAUCUCAACCUGUCGCGUACUAUGCAUAUUCAUUAUUCUUAACUAGAGGAUGCCCGCGACUUCGUCCGCGUGGAUUUAGGUUUUUAAAGAUCCCGUGGGAACUGUUUGAUUUUCCGGGAUAAAAUGCCUAUGUUACCUAGGUUGCUUAUUGUUUUUGUAUUACAGGGACGCAAGCUACCUCGGUACCUUUCAUACAAAUCGGUUAAGCGGAUGGGUUUUUAGGAAUCCCGUGGGAACUCUUUGAUUUUCCG